UCCCUGGAGUGCGGCAAUAUUACGGCAAUUACGGCAGAGACAACACAACCAUUCAUGCUGAUCGUUGUUAGUUAGUUAGCGGAAGACCUUCGAGGUUUGGAGAGCUGCACACGAAACCGGCUACAGAGAAGCGAAUCAGCGAAUGGAACAUGGAGUGUAUUCCAGUAACUAUUGAUGAUCUUGAGAGCAAGAAGGACCCAGUCAUUGAAGAUCCAGAACACAAUGUGUACACCAGGUUUAUGAAGUCCCAUCGUUGUUAUGACCUUGUGCCCACCAGCUCCAAAUUAGUUGUGUUUGAUACAUCACUUCAGGUGAAAAAGGCCUUUUUUGCUCUUGUUUCUAACGGGGUGCGAGCUGCGCCUUUAUGGGAUAGCAAGAAGCAGUGUUUCGUUGGUAUGCUAACCAUCACAGACUUCAUUAACAUUCUUCAUCGCUAUUACAAAUCUCCAUUGGUUCAGAUAUAUGAGUUGGAAGAGCACAAAAUUGAAACCUGGAGAGAGGUGUAUCUUCAAGACUCUUUCAAGCCCCUGGUUAGCAUAUCUCCUAAUGCAAGUUUGUACGAUGCUGUGUCAUCUCUGCUGAAGAACAAGAUUCACAGAUUGCCUGUAAUUGACCCGCUGACGGGGAACACGCUCUAUAUUCUCACACACAAGAGGAUUCUCAAGUUCUUGAAGCUUUUUAUAGCAGAGAUGCCAAAACCCUCGUUCUUGAGGCAAACUUUAGAAGAACUGAAUAUCGGGACUUUCAAGAACAUAGCAGUGGUCCGUGCAGACACACCGCUCUACACAGCUCUGGGUAUUUUUGUUGAGCAGAGAGUGUCAGCGCUCCCUGUUGUUGAUGACAAAGGUCGAGUGGUGGACAUUUACUCAAAAUUUGAUGUUAUAAAUCUAGCAGCAGAGAAGACGUACAACAACCUGGAUGUGACGGUGACCAAAGCCUUGCAGCACCGCUCACAGUACUUUGAAGGAGUGCUGACAUGCAACAGGCAUGACACCCUCGAGGCCAUUAUCAACAGACUGGUGGAGGCUGAGGUGCACAGGCUGGUGGUAGUGGAUGAGCACGAGGUGGUGAAGGGAAUCGUCUCCCUUUCGGAUAUCCUCCAAGCCUUAGUGCUUACAGAUAGAGAAUAGAGGACAAAUUGGAAAAGUUACUCAAAAAAUGAAAGGCUGCACAUUUUAAAGGUGACACCAGAGCAUAGGAGAGGAGAUAACCAAGCCUGUAAGAGGGGAAUUAUGACAGCAAAUGGAAGUUCUAUCAAUAAUUUUUGUUUGUUUUGUUUUUUUUGUAAUUUACCCAUGAAUAAUUCUAUUUGUCUACAGAAACCAAAAUAUUGUGAAUUUUAAACUAUAUAAAAUAUUUUUUUGGUUCUACAGCUUAUACAGAACCUCCUGUAAAUUGAGCCAAAUUUUGAGUCACUGGAAAACCAAGAAAGAUGCAGAAGCACAAGAAUCCUCUGGAGGGGAGCUGUAGCUGCUCAGGAAUACCCAGCAACAUAUAGGACAGUUAGACGUUUCCAAUAAUAAAAUAGUCUGUAACCUUACAGGAAAACUGAUUUUCCUGUUUUGCCUUUUGCUGGCAUCACUUUUCUUCUGCUCUAAAGCUGAAAUCUACACAGAUAAAGCCUGUCAAUAGGGUGAUUUUGAACUGUGCAGCUUGGAUUGAUCAGCACUCUCUUAACACAUCAGAGCCUUUUCUGAGCCUUGUUCUCUGAUUAAGUAAGUAGUAGUAUGAUGUUAUUGAUAUUACUCCUCAUUCAGUUAACUUGAUUAUAUAAAUGCUGGUAAAAUAAAUACAUACAUACAUACAAACUACCAUAUUCAAUUUGAACCACUUCACCCUUCCAAUGUGCAACGACUUAUUGAGUAGUUACCUCCACCAAGGUUUUUUGACCCGUUCCCCUGUACUUGAUAUAUAAAACUGGGGCCAACAUAAAAAUCACUGACCUUUCAAACUCAUUUGGUUUAAAAAAAAAAUUAUCUGGAUGAAAGCUUUGGUGAAGGUGUGCAGCCUUAGACUGCCCUUUCUACUCAAGUAUCAGCAUCAUGCAGUGGAUACAGCCACUCAGUACCUUUCAGUUAAGAAUGAACCAUUAUUUGGCCUGAUAAGUUUUCCCCAAAACACCUGAAUGAGGUUUCUGUAAAGAAUCCAAGGCCUCAGAGUUCAAUCUGUUGUGUAGCCAGACAGCCACGAAGCAAACCUGGAAGAGCACUUAGAGUGAAGUCUAAAAUGAAUUUGCUGUUGAAGACAACCAUUAACUGUGCUGUAUCCUCUUUGAGUGCUUGUCUCCGGAUAUUUAUAGGUGUUAUAUUUUGCCAUUGUAGUGUGUUGUCUUAUAACUGCAUGUGUAAUGGAUUCUAUACUUUACUCAAG